AUUAAUAAUUGAGCACUUUCUGGAAUCCAUUCAUCAACAAAGUUGACUUAGAAACACUGUUUUGCAUUCCCAUCUCAUCUCUGCCAUUUGCAUCUCAAAGAUCUAUGGCGGAAUCAUUUCUCUUCAGCAUCGCAGAGUCGCUCUUAGCUAAGCUCGUUUCUCGUGCUUUUGAGGAAGCUUCUCGAGUGGUUGGUUUAUAUGACAAUCUUCGAGACCUUACGAAGACCCUCUCUUUAAUCAAGGCUGUCCUGUUAGAUGCUCAGCAAAAGCAAGAGCACAACCAUGAGCUCCGCGAAUGGCUCACUCAGAUCAAAACUGUCUUCUCUGAUGCCGAAGAUCUUUUGGAUGAAUUUGAGUGCCAAACACUGCGAAACAAAGUGGUCAAAGCCCAUGGUAGCACCAAAGACGAGGUGAGUAACUUCUUCUCAACCUCUAAUCCACUUGUUUUUCGUUACAAAAUGGCUCAACAAAUCAAAGAUAUCAGCAGCAGACUAGACAAGGUUGCAGCUGAUAGGCAUAAGUUUAGUCUUCAAACAAUUGAUGUUGACACUCGUGUUGUUCAUCGGAGAGAUAUGACGCACUCCCGUGUGAGUGAUUCCGAUGUGAUAGGAAGGAAACAUGACAAAGAAAAGAUCGUAGAGCUUUUGUUGCAGCAAAAUCCUAAUGAUGAUGAUACAAGUAUCUCUGUUAUCCCCAUUGUGGGGAUUGGAGGCUUGGGAAAGACUACGCUUGCAAAGUUCGUCUUCAAUGACAGCAGGAUCCAGGAGCAUUUUCCUUUGAAGAUGUGGGUGUGUGUUUCUGAUGACUUUGACAUUAAACAACUGACCAUCAAAAUCAUCAAUUCCGCCAAUGAUUCAGCUUCGGCUGAUGCUCCUUCUCACCAAAUGAAUUUGAACAUGUUGGAUCUGGAACAACUACAAAAUCAACUGAAAAACAAACUUUUCGGUCAAAAAUUCUUACUCGUCUUGGAUGAUGUUUGGAACGAAGACCGUGUUAAAUGGGUUGAGUUGAGGAAUUUAAUCCAAGUAAGUGCAGCAGGAAGUAAAAUCCUUGUGACAACACGUAGUCAUUCAAUUGCUUCAAUGAUGGGCACAGUUCCCUCUCACAAUUUAGAAGGUCUCUCUGAGGAGGACUCAUUGUCUCUGUUUGUCAAGUGGGCAUUUAAAGAAGGAGAGGAAGAAAAACAUCCUCACUUAAUAAAUAUUGGGAGACAAAUUGUGAAAAAAUGCAAAGAGGUUCCUUUGGCAGUGAGAACAUUAGGGAGUUUACUAUUCUUGAAAUUUGAGGUUAGUGAAUGGGAAUAUGUGAGAGACAACGAGAUUUGGAAUUUGCCUCAGAAAAGAGAUGACAUUUUACCUGCCCUUAAAUUAAGUUAUGAUCUCAUGCCGUCCUAUUUGAGACAAUGUUUUGCAUUGUUUUCCCUUUACCCAAAGGAUUAUGAAAUGGAUAGUUAUAACAUAACUGCGCUUUGGGGGGCACUUGGACUAAUUGCGCUACCAACAACGAAUAGGGCACGUGAAGAUGUGGCCAAUCACUAUUUGCAUGAACUUCUUUCAAGAUCCUUUCUUCAAGAUUUUGAAAACUUCGGCACUUUUUAUCAAUUUAGAAUUCAUGAUUUGGUUCAUGAUCUGGCUCUAUUUGUUGCAAAGGAUGAGUGUCUACAUGUAACUUCUAACAGUCAAAAUAUUUCAGAUAAUGUUAGGCAUCUGUCUUUUAGUGAAAGCAGUUUGUUUGAAAAUUUAGUCAGUAAAGAAACAGCAGCUGUGAGAACCGUAUUGUUUCCAAUUGGUGCAGCAGUUACCAACAGUGAAGCUUUACUAAAUACGUGUCUAUCAAAGUUCAAAUGCUUGCGAGUCUUGGAUUUACAUGGUUCGACAUUCAAGACUUUGCCCCGUGCCAUUACUAAGUUGAAACAUUUAAGAUAUUUGGACAUCAGCAGAAAUCCUUACAUUAAGAGACUCCCCGACUCUAUUUGCAAGCUCCAAAGUCUGCAAGUGUUGUCAGUUAACGGAUGCAUGGAGCUGGAAGCAUUGCCCAAAGGAUUAAGAAAACUAAGCAGUGUCUGGUGUUUUGAGUUUAGCACAAAUCAAUCUAUUUUGCCGGUGAAUGAGAUCUCCAACUUGGAGUCUCUUGAAAUGUUGAAUGUCGAAUCAUGCAAUAAUGUGGAGUCCAUCUUUGGAGGGGUGAAGUUCCCUGCUCUUAAAACAUUGUUUGUUCGGGACUGUCAGACUCUAAAGUCUUUGUUGCUAAAUGGUCAAGAUUUUCCUGAAUUAGAAACAUUGAUUGUUUAUCACUGUAGAAAUUUGGACUUGGAACUGUGGAAGGGCGCCCAUCAAGAAGAAAGUCCCAAGCUGAAGUUAAAAUUUAUUGGAUUUUUAAGUUUAUCACAGCUGGUGACCUUGCCUAGAUGGCUUCAGGAAGCUGCUAACUCCUUACAGUGCUUGUAUGUUUCCAACUGCCACAACAUGGAAAGGUUUCCAGAUUGGUUAACAACUCUGACUCAUCUGAAAACACUUACUGUAAUAUAUUGUCCAAAGUUGGUAUCUCUCCCAGAUAAUAUACUUCACCUCUCUGCGCUUGAAAAUUUGAGGAUAGAAGGUUGUCCUGACUUAUGUAAAAAAUAUGCGCCCCAUGUUGGAGAGUUUUGGCCCAAAAUAUCACACAUCAAAAACAUUUUCAUGGAUGAACCAGAAGGAUAAGAGGAAGAGCGGGAGUAAUAAGAAGCCCUUAUUUUCUUCAUUUAUUAUUUUCUGGAUGUGUUUUCCAUAAUGUUUUUUUUUUAUGGUUUUCCACAAUGUUUUUUUUUUAUGGUUUUCCACUUUUUCUCUGCUGAAAAUUAGUUGGAGCUUUUAGUUAUAUGGCAUUGCAAAUUAGAGAGACUCCAUGAUAUAUUUGUGUAAUAGUGGUAUAUUGCUUUUUUAACUACUUUGCUUUGUGGGUCAUUAGUAUUUAUAUACAUACACAACUUCAGUAUGUCAUUUAUUCUUAUA